GCUAUAUCGCUUUUUUAUAACGUUCAUUGCACCGCCCUGAUUCUUUCGCGAACUCUCGUUGGGAUUCUAGGGUUCGCGAUCCAGACAGUUCCUUACUGAUCAACAUGGUUCUUCAAAACGAUAUUGAUUUGCUUAAUCCUCCGGCCGAACUUGAGAAGAGAAAGCAUAAGCUCAAGCGUCUCGUACAGUCGCCCAACUCAUUCUUCAUGGACGUGAAGUGCCAGGGUUGCUUUAACAUAACCACUGUAUUCAGUCAUUCACAGACAGUCGUGGUAUGUGGGAAUUGCCAGUCGGUCUUGUGCCAGCCAACUGGAGGGCGCGCUAGGCUAACAGAAGGCUGCUCCUUCAGAAGAAAGGGUGACUAAUUCCUUGGCCCCAGAAUUGGCUUUUAGUAGGAUCAGGAUGGAUGGGUUUGAAUUUUGAUAUUGCAAUUGAGCACAAUUUUUCUUUGUCUCGGGUUUUCUACGUUUUGCAUGUUGAUUAUUCAAUUUUGCUUGAGAAGAGGAGCAUUUUGUCCCCGUUGUUGCAGUACGUUAAUUUUCAUGUUUUCAAUGAAACUAAACUUUGUUUGAAGUAAUUCACACAUCA